CCCGGCUCCCGCGGUUGGAAUCACGCCGGCGCGCCUCCAGCCUGCGGUCCCGCGGACUGCCUCCAGGGGCAGGUUGGAGGCACGCAACCCCCUUCUAAUCCCCGCUGUCGCUGCCGCUGCCGCUGGCCCAGGCACUUUUUUACCAGCUUGGCCUCUGGCCUUGUGCUGGGCUUGGAAGAGGGGGAGGGGCGUUGCGUUUCUUUGCCCUGCUCCGAGAGUGCACCGCAGCCGGCUAUCCUGGUCUGUGCAAAUUUCGAAAUCUAGCCCUUGCGCCUAACACGCCAGGCUCAUCUUCCACAGAAUUGCUAGGCACAAAGUUUAAUCCUGGGUCAGUUUGCAGGAGGUCAUACGGAGGUGUCUUGUUUGCAUCCAGAGCAAUUCCAAAGGAGUUAGGAAGGGGCUGAGUGGGGCCUGCUGCCCUGCCUUUGCUGAAAAAAGGAGUUGUCCUGAGUUCUGAGCCCAGAUAAGUUGUCAAGACACCCCCUUACCAACAUUUAUGUUUGCAGUCUGAGUAGGGCCGGGGAGGUAAUGGGCCCCUUCUGGCCCUUCCACCCAGAGUGGCAUUAACUCCCUCCCUUAACUGGUAAAAUUCCCAGUAGAACAUUUGGCAAAAGGGCUGAGCAGGGAGCUGCCAACCAGGCCUGGCCCUGUUUCCUGGGUUCCCAGGGUGCUGGCUUCUCCCCUACGCUGACUUCCUCGCUCACCUUAGGGCCCCAAAUGAACACACCAUCCCUCCUGUCCCAUCUUCCUGAGACGGGUUGGGACUUGCAGGGCGAUCUAACAAGCAGAGGAGGAAAAUAACAACAGAAUAACUGUAAGAAGGAAGGAGUGAGUAAUAAAGCUGACCCAGGCAGGAGGAGGGCUUUCAUGUUUAAGAGAUGCUAUUUGCUUUUUAGGUCACAGGCUGCAAAAACAGGCUUUGAUCCGAAGUGGGCGAAUAAUUUAUUGAAAAAGUUUGCAUGGUAGGAGAAAAAAGGGAUGUUUGUUUGAUCUGGAGCCCUCUCAGUUGUCCCAAGUGCUGUUGGCUGUUGUUUUGAAUGAAAAAGCAUUUGGUUCUGCAGCAAAUGCCUCACAGAGGGAAGUCCUCGCCCCAGGCAGCAGGACUUAAGAGUGAAUGUUGGUUUUGAAACUGUUUGGCCAAGGGUCUCCCCAGCACUUUUGGAGAUGAAGUGUUUAAGGAUAGAAUUAUUUGGGCUCAGGAUGCAGCAAAUGUUUCCAGAAUGUUUUCCCAUCCAAAACGCUUUUCCUUUCCCUAAAUUGCCUGGCUACACAGCCAGUAACAGUGAUCCAAGAGGCUGUCAGAAAUCUCCACUUAGCUUUCAUUGACAAGUGAGGUGGGAAUGCUGGUCCCAGGCUCCAGGUGCACCACAGUCUUGAAAUGAGGCCUUUGAUACUGACUCCCACAUUCAUUUAGUUGGGGGCAAAAUAUUCUGGUUAUAACCGAUGUUCCUGUUAAUAAGGAGGUAGUCGUCUUAUGCUCGUGACCUAGGUAAGAGGCUUCUAGUCCAAAUUUUUCAUAACACAGGCAGCAGACUCUUUGGGACUUCACAGUUCUCUUUUUAGGUUCUCUAAUGGGGAAGACAGGUCAGAGUUGACAGAUAAGAUACCCUUGGCUUGCCCAGUCCUCUACAAAGAACCCUUACCAUGUGGCUCAAAAGCUUACUAUUGCAGGUCUUAGCUCAAAGCUCCUCUGCAGCCUCCCACAGGAAUACCCCCACACACACCCAGGAAAUUGUAGGCCUGUACAGCUUAGCCCAUCGAGGGCAGGGUACACCCUCUACAAUCAGACAAUUUAGGUUUGAAUCCAGGCUGUACAGUUACCAGCUGUGAUAAUGGCUCUGUGUCUCAGUUUCUUCAUCUGCAAAUGAGAUUAAUAAUAGUACCUACCUCAUGAUGGGUGUGCAGAAUAAGUGAUGUAUUGCAUGAGAAAGACUUAAGCCCAAAGCCAGGCCUGUGGCUAGGCCAAAGAGCCAGCUUCCUUCUCUGAAGAAAGGAUCAGAAGGAUCCUGCAGAUGCCAGCGGGCAGCCAGAUGUGGGAGUGAGUGGACUGAGCUUUGCCCUAUCUGAGAUGGAAGAGAAGAGACGAAAAUACUCCAUCAGCAGUGACAACUCUGAUACCACUGACAGUCACGCUACGUCUACAUCGGCAUCACGAUGCUCCAAAUUGCCCAGCAGCACCAAGUCCGGCUGGCCCCGGCAGAACGAAAAGAAGCCAUCCGAGGUUUUCCGGACAGACUUGAUCACUGCCAUGAAGAUCCCCGACUCAUACCAGCUCAGCCCAGAUGACUACUACAUCCUGGCAGACCCGUGGCGACAGGAAUGGGAGAAAGGUGUACAGGUGCCUGCUGGGGCAGAGGCCAUUCCAGAGCCCGUGGUGAGGAUCCUCCCGCCGUUGGAAGGUCCCCCUACACAGAUGUCCCUGAGCAACUCUGCACUUGGUGAGGGCUCCCAGCCUGAUUGGCCAGAGGGUAGCCGCUAUGACCUGGAUGAGAUUGAUGCCUACUGGCUGGAGCUCAUCAACUCGGAGCUCAAGCAGAUGGAGAGGCCAGGGCUGGAUGAGCUGACUUUAGAGCGUGUGCUGGAGGAGCUGGAGACUCUUUGCCACCAGAACAUGGCCCGGGCCAUCGAGACGCAGGAGGGGCUGGGCAUCGAGUAUGACGAGGACGUCGUCUGUGAUGUGUGCCGCUCUCCCGAGGGCGAGGAUGGCAACGAGAUGGUCUUCUGUGACAAGUGCAACGUCUGUGUGCACCAGGCAUGCUACGGGAUCCUCAAGGUGCCCACGGGCAGCUGGCUAUGCCGGACGUGUGCCCUGGGUGUCCAGCCAAAGUGCCUGCUCUGCCCCAAGCGAGGAGGAGCCUUGAAGCCCACCAGAAGUGGGACCAAGUGGGUGCAUGUCAGCUGCGCCCUGUGGAUUCCUGAGGUCAGCAUUGGCUGCCCAGAGAAGAUGGAGCCCAUCACCAAGAUCUCCCACAUCCCAGCCAGCCGCUGGGCUCUUUCCUGCAGCCUGUGCAAGGAGUGCACAGGCACCUGCAUCCAGUGUUCCAUGCCUUCCUGCGUCACAGCGUUCCAUGUCACAUGCGCCUUUGACCACAGCCUGGAAAUGCGGACUAUAUUAGCAGACAAUGAUGAAGUGAAGUUCAAGUCCUUCUGCCAGGAGCACAGCGAUGGGGGCCCACAGGGUGAACCCACAUCUGAGCCUGUGGAGUCCAGCCAGGCUGGUGAGGACUUGGAAAAGGUAACCCUCCGCAAGCAGCGACUACAGCAGCUGGAGGAAGACUUCUAUGAGCUGGUAGAGCCAGCCGAGGUGGCUGAGCGUCUGGACCUGGCUGAGGCACUGGUUGACUUCGUCUACCAGUACUGGAAGCUGAAGAGGAAAGCCAAUGCCAACCAGCCACUGCUGACCCCCAAGACUGACGAGGUGGACAACCUGGCCCAGCAGGAGCAGGACGUCCUCUACCGCCGCCUGAAGCUCUUCACACACCUGCGGCAGGACUUGGAAAGGGUUAGAAAUCUGUGCUACAUGGUGACGAGGCGUGAGAGAACAAAACAUGCCAUCUGCAAACUCCAGGAGCAGAUAUUCCAGCUGCAGAUGAAACUUAUCGAACAGGAUCUGUGUCGAGAGAGGUCUGGGAGGAGAGCAAAGGGCAAGAAGAGCGACUCAAAGAGGAAAGGCCGUGAGGGCUCCAAGGGCAGCCCUGAGAAGAAAGAGAAAAUGAAGGCGGGGCCUGACUCAGUCCUGGGGCAGCUGGGCCUGUCCACUUCAUUCCCCAUCGAUGGGACCUUCUUCAAUAGCUGGCUGGCACAGUCAGUGCAGAUCACAGCAGAGAACAUGGCCAUGAGUGAGUGGUCGCUGAACAACAGGCACUGUGAGGACCCUGCUCCCGGACUGCUGUCAGAGGAGCUGCUGCAGGACGAGGAGACGCUCCUCAGCUUUAUGCGGGACCCCUCCCUGAGACCUGGCGAUCCUGCCAGGAAGGCUCGUGGUCGCGCCCGCUUGCCUGCCAAGAAGAAGCCACCGCCACCAUCACAGGAUGGACCUGGUUCACGGAUGACUCCAGACAGACUGAUUCCAGACAAACCCCCCAAGAAGCCCUGGGGUCAGGAUGCAGGCAGCGGCAAGGGGGGCCAAGGGCCACCUACCCGGAAACCACCACGGCGGACAUCUUCUCACUUGCCGUCCAGCCCUACAGCUGGGGACUGUCCCAUCCUAGCAGCCCCAGAAAGCCCCCCACUGCUGGCCCCAGAGAACCAGAAUGAGGCAACCCCAAUGGCUGCCAACUCAAACGUCCAAGUGCCUGGCCCUACAGCGAGCCCCAAGCCCUUGGACCGGCUCCGGCCACCUCGAGAAAGCAGGGUAACCCGGAGAUCGCUGGGUGCCAGGCCUGAAGCUGGGGCAGGACUACCUUCUGCUGCGGCCGAGAGAGCAAAGGUCAGCUUACAUUUUGACACAGAGACUGAUGGCUACUUCUCUGAUGGGGAGAUGAGCGACUCAGAUGCAGAGGCUGAGGACAGUGGGGUGCAACGGGGUCCCCGGGAGGCAGGGACUGAGGAAGUGGUCCGCAUGGGAGUUCUGGCCUCCUAACUCACCCCAUCCGUGUCCUGAGCCCUGCCCUGGUCUCCCCACACGGCCUCAGCCCAGUCACAACUGCCAUUUCCAAUCUCUGCUGAGUGUCCCAGACCCUUGAGGCUGCCACUCUAUUGUGGUUUUAUUUUUAAUAUAGAGAGAGUUUUGAAUUCUACACUGUCGUCUUUCCUCUAUGCUGGCCUAGGACAUUAUGAUUCCUUCCACGGCUCUGGCCGUAAGGACCCUGCCAGGUCCUGUGUACCAUCCCUGCCCCUGCCCACGUGGCAUUCUUGGCUAGACACAGGCAAGGGCAAAAGGAGCUCAUGACUCUAGCCCGCUGCCACCGGGUGACAUAGACUGUCGUUUGGGCAUUAUUUCAUGGCAGAUGGGCCAGUCCAGGGCCCACCUCGCCUUGCCCCCACAUCCCACUGGGGUCCAUUUGGGGGGUCCUGCUGCACUCCACCUAUCCCCAAGGAAGUAGUCCAGAGUCUACUCACUGUCACAAGCACAACGAGCUUAUAUAAGAAAGCACUGAGGGGCGCAGGGGGCCUGCUGGUUCCAGUGGAACCAGAGCUGUUCCUGAUCAAUCCCUGUCAACUGAGGCCUGCCCGCCCACCUCUCCACCCUCUCCUCCCGCCCCUGCCAGCGCCCAGCCCAAUGGCUCUGGGAAGGGUUUCCCAGAAUUCUUCCUGAGCUGUGUCAUUUACUCAGGGGACUCCCAAACAGCCAGCUACCAGUACAGGUGGAAGGCUGCAAGGGAGGGCCAGUGCCCAGAUGGGGUCGUGGGGCUCAGACCAGCCCACUGCAGAGAAUCACUCUGGGGCUCCAACUUCCUCCCUUUCUUCCUUUGGGGCCAGUCUCUGCCAAAGUCUGGUCACGCCCAGGCAGAGCUGACUAGACCAGACCAUUUGCCUUUUCUAGUUUCUAGUCCUGCUAAGAGAUGAGCUUCUUCCUUGGUUUCCUUUUGGAAAUGCCUCCUUCCAACAAGCAGUGGGAUCCCGGGGCCCAGGGCAGGCCAGUGAUGGCCUGCUGGGCUGUUGUAAGUCUUGCUGGAUGUCCCUUUGUUCCUCUGAGCCUUAGCCCCUUUCCCAGCCCUGCCCUUCCCACCACCACGGUCCUGCCUUUCCCACCCCACCCUUAGGUCCCAGGUAGUUGCUUUGAAGAGUUUCAGUGGAGUGGCCCCAGGGUGAUAGCUCAGGGAACAAACAAAAAAGGAAUUGAGUAAAAACAUUUUUUUCUCCUGGGUCACUUCUGCCACUGGUAAAGCCAGAACUUCUCCAACAAGAACCUUGCAAAAGUCCAGUGAACCAGUCGAAUCAUUCUGUGGAUGCCAAAGAAUAUUUUGAUCCUAAUACAGCACAGUCUGGACCUGACAAUUUGUCACUUGGACUUUUUAAACAAUGGAGUUGUUUAGCGACAAAGUAUAGAAACAUGUUCACUGCACACAGCCAAGGAGAAGAGCCCAAGCUCUUGGAAGAGGAUGCUUUUCUGCUGCUGAACUGUACCUGGGUGUUGGAUGUCAGAUCCUGGGCUAGGCCCGCUGUGAGUUUUCCUAAACUCUGAGACUCACAGAGGGGAAAAAUCCUGACAGUGAAAACAGCGUGGAAAGUCUUUACCAUGUGGUUCCCCAGUGCCCCCGGCCCCGUCUUACCACACCCCCACUUUACACAAAGCAAAUAAGCAGGAUGGAGAACAGCUUGACCUUCAUCCAUCCCUGACUCCAAACCUAUCAAGGUCCGACAGUGGCAUUCUCAUCAACACUCAAUUUCAUGUGAAUUUUAGCAAAAUAGGAGACAAAGGUAAUGACUAAGUUUAGAAGAUCGGACAAAUUUGUCUAAUCUGAGUGGACUCGGAAGGGGUAGGGUGGGCUUUAAGGAGUCUGGGCUUGGGCUAGCAUGAGCUACCACAUACAGUUUAGUCUGCCUGCCCGCCUUGGUUGUAGUGACCAGUGCAGCGUCAGUAUCAGCGUCCCAACCCCGGUCUCUGUUUACCGCCUUUGAACUGACCUCCUUCCUUACCCAUUCUUUGGGUCAGUUCAGGCCACAACCUUGUCUGCGCUGGAGUGCCCAGUCUGACCCUGCAGGAAGCAAAAGGGUGAGCUUAAAGAACAAGCACACUCUGCCAGGGGGCGGGUUGCCAGGAGGGCUCAGAAUCCAGCAGUGUCAGCACUGGUCCUCUUAACCCUUCACACCAUCCUGGGCAGGCUCUCUGGUGACAGGGGCAGGUGGAGAAUGAAGGAGAGGGUGCAGUGAGUCUGUCCUCUUUCCAGGGGGCAGCCUAGCUCUGCAACCAGGGCUAGGCCCCGCCUGGGCAGGCAGAUAAGGUAGCUGGCAUUCUUCACAGAUUUCUCUGCUCAAGUUUGCCUUUUGAUUCUGGCCCCUCUUCUCUGUUGGGUAUUUCUUUGGACUAGACUACCUGUAGGACUUGUGUCCUGCAGAGUCCAGGUAUCUGUUAGGCUGGCUGGCUGGAGGCACCUUCACUCCUAGGCCAGGCCCUGGAGCAGUCUUCACCAGGCAGCUGUCUCCACCUCUAGGAUGCCCUUCUGCCCACACCGGUCCCCCGUUAGGCACAGCCACUUCACUCUUUCCAGCCUACUGUCUGUAGUGUAGAGGGCUUUGUUGCCCCUGAGACCAAGGCUGGUUCCUUUUUCAGGCCAGAGGCCAAGGCAGGUCUUUUCCCUUGACCAUGUCUGCCCACACUCAACUGUUCCUCCUCAGGGAGGAAGAGCUGCUAUGUAACUCAUUCUGGCUGUUGUCCCCCAUUCGCACCAUCCUGGCUGCCCACAGCCAUCCACCUCAUCACAUGACAAAGGAUAAUGUGCAAGGAAAGUAUUUUUAUGUAUCAUAAAUGUAUUUUGAAACAAAUGAGAAGAAAGGUAGAGGGUUUAUUUUAUUAGAUGAGCUCAGCCUUGGUGACAAUAUGUGACCGUUUGCAACGUAAGGGCCUCCACUUUGGAGAAGCUGCCCAGGUUUCCAAACAUGGGUGUUAUACUAUUGAGGGGUGUGCCAGGGCAUGUUGCCUGUGUCCACAUGAGUUCGUGUCUGUGUGUGUUGUAUAAGGGCACACUGUGGGACUUGGCUGGGGCAAUUCCUGGAGAUUCAACUGCCCAAUUCUAACAAAUAUUGGCAGCAGCAUUUCCCUGCUCACUGCCACAUGUGGCCAACUUCUGCCCAUGCCCGAAACUCUGAAGAAUGAUCUGGAUCCCUGUAGCAAGGCCCUUGGCCCAGCUGGCCACAUUGGCCAAACAGCCAGGGCUGGAGUCUGGGACCUUUGGUUGUUCUUUAAGGCAUUUCCUGCCACCUUCUCCCUCAGAUGCACAAAUGCUUUGUGCUCCAUAUCAGUUUGGUGGGGUGGUGGUGGGGAUGAUAUGAAUGUCACAGGAGGAGACACCUUCUGUCUUUGUUUCAAAGAAAGUGAUGUGCCAUUUGUUAAUAUACAAGAGAAAUAUUGAAAAUAUAUUGAAAAGAGCAAUUUUAAAUUAUUUUUGGCUUAUGUUGCAAUAUUUAUUUUCUUGUAUUAGAAAAGAUUCCUUUGUAGAGAAAAAAUGUAUUUUUCAUUAACGCAAAGACCUAUUUCUCCUUUUUGUACAUUGUCCAUGUUCGCAACCCUUAACGAGCAAUAGAAUGUAUGGUCACCUGAGUGUGGCCAGUGCCCGCUGUGCCCUGCAUGAUUCUGUGUUGCUGCUGCUGCAUAGCUCCCAGCCCCAUCCUGUCUUGCUCACUCAUAGGGGCUUCCAGACCCUGGCCCUACCAGGGCUUGUGUCUUAAGGAGCCCUUUGCACUCCUCGUGUGUUGGCAGAUGCAGUUAAUAAAGCAAUGUUUUCUGUG